AUGUUGUCCCGCCUAUUCACUGUCCCCGCCAUUCUCUUGGCUACCCUCGGAUCCGCCGCUACAUUGGCGCCGAGGGAGGAGAGCGCAUGUCAGCGCGUGUGCUGCGACGCCCUUGUUCAAUCAACUUCCAGAGGAUUAGUUGGCAUCAAUUGCAACCGCGGUGGCAUUGACUGCGGUUUCAGUGGCCAGAUUGCUUCCUGUUGUGCAGCAAUCGUCCCAGUUGGAGCAAGGCAAGGUACUGGAGUCCAGUGCCAGCGAGGAAACUAG